AUGCUGCUCUCCAACUUGAAGACGUCCGCAAUUUGCGCCAUCGCAGCACUAUUUGCUUAUCCAGCAGCUGCCAUUCGGCCCUCGGGAAGCUCUUUCGGGGUCCCCGGCGUCAAUACUACUUACGACUACAUUGUUAUUGGCGGCGGCAACGCUGGCCUGACUGUCGCCACUCGUCUCGCCGAGCAGCAGGGCGGCACCGUGGCCGUUGUCGAGGCCGGCUCCUUCUACGAGAGCGGCAAUGGCAACCGCAGCCAGGUUCCCUUCUUCGAUCACUACUACAUCUCCAAGAACAAGGCUGAUUGGCAGCCCAUGAUUGACUGGGGAUAUACGACCACCGCGCAAAAGCAUGCAUAUGACACCGAGUUGCACUAUGCACGCGGCAAGUGCCUGGGUGGAUCCUCAGCGAGAAACUACAUGAUUUACCAGCGAGCCAACAAGGAUGCAUAUCAGCGCUGGGCGGAUGCCGUCGGCGACCAAAGCUACUCCUUUGACGAAUUCCUGCCCUUCUUCAACAAGGCCAUUUGCUUUACGCCGCCAAACAAUAACAUCCGCUUUGCCAACUCGACUCCGUCCUACGAUGCCUCCGUUUUAGGCAAUUGCACGGGCCCGCUGUCGGUAACCUACACCAACUAUGCGCACUCAUUCGCGUCGUGGUCCAUCAGGGGCCUUCAAUCGCUCGGCCUCAAGGUCUUCCCCGGGUUCGCUAGCGGCUCGCUCGUUGGCGGUCUAUCGUACGUCAUGUCCACCGUCGCGGCCAAGGAGCAGACGCGCGACUCUUCCGAGACCUCUUUCAUGAAGAAGGCACUGCAGCUUCCCAACUACAAUGUCUAUGUCAUGACGCAGGGCAAGCAGAUUACCUUUUCGUCCGACAAAAAGGCCACCGGCGUUUGGGUCGACACUCUCGGCCUCCGCUAUCACCUCACGGCCAGGCAGGAGGUCAUCGUCUCCUCGGGCACCUUUGCCUCCCCCCAGCUCCUCAUGGUGUCCGGCGUCGGCCCCGCAGAGACACUGAACAAGUUCAACAUCCCCAUCGUCGCCGACAGGCCCGGAGUCGGCCAGGGCAUGCAGGACCAUCUCUACUUUGGCCCUAGUUACCGCGUCAAUGGGCUCACCACGUCGUCUCUACUCGACGACAGCGCCAUGGCCAGCGCCACCCGACAGUACCAGGAAAGCAGCGCCGGUAUGCUCACCAACCCGUCCAACGACAUCAUCGCCUGGGAGAAGUUACCCAAGCACCUCCGCAGCGGCUUUUCCAAGCGCACUCUGCAGGCCCUCGCCAGCUACCCUGCCGACUGGCCCGAAAUUGAGCUCCUCGCCAUCAGCGCCUGGCUUGGCUACCAAAACACUUCGGGCUCCGACCCUAACGACGGCCACCAGUACGCCACAAUGGGCGCCGCGCUGUGCAUGCCUCGUUCUCGCGGUAGCGUCACCAUCAGCUCGAGCGACAACGCCGUCCAGCCAGUCAUAGAUCCCAAUUUCUUCUCUGACUCGGCCGACGUCGAGGUCGCAGUCGCCGCGUACAAGCGCGUCCGCGAGUUCUGGCUGAGCCCCGAGGUGAAGCCGUUCCGCGUUGACGACGUGGAGGCGUUCCCCGGCCUCGACAUCAACACAGACGCCGACAUUGAGAAGCUUAUCAAGCAGAGCUUCCAAACCAUCUUCCACGCCGCGAGUACCUGCUCCAUGGGCAAGUAUUCCGACAAGAUGGCUGUUGUCGACAACCACGCCAGGGUAUUUGGGGUGUCAGGCCUCCGUGUCGUCGAUGCUUCCGUCUUUCCGUUCCUCCCACCCGGACACCCUAUGAGCACAGUCUAUGCACUUGCAGAAAAAAUCGCGAGUGAUAUUACUGAGUCUGCCUGUACCAACAAGGCCAUGUUGGGUUGCAAUUGCAUACUCGACACAAAGUUUUCCUGGAAAGCUAUCCAUCAUUCAAUCGAGGAUAUUGGAAUUACCGUCGUCACCUGUCUUAAUGAGUUCGGUCUUCCCGAGGUCCUGGUCGGCCCUAUGCUGGUAGCUGAGAGCAAUUGGGAGAAACUGUGCAAAAUCUUUCUGAAUGUCUGA